GGGAAGGGGAAGGGAGCUGGGACUGGGAGGGACAGACAGGCAGGCCGGACGUGCGCAGGCUGGCCGUGCCACAGGCCCAGGCGCUGAGGCUGACAGCCGGCCGCCCCAAGCCAGUUCUGCGCCACGGGCCCAGCCAGGACCCCGGCCCGGGGCUGCCCCUGUGGCCGGCAGAGCCAUGGUGGGGUGGCGCAGGCCCCAGGGCUGGCUCUGAGGCGGUGGGACCUGCGAUGCAGGCACUGCGCCUGGGGCUGCUCCUGGCACUGCUGCCUGUCGUGGAGCCCCGCGCAGCCUGGCCCUCUGUCAGCUGCUCCCAGGGCCUGUCCUGCCAGCUGCUGGAGGCCGACGUGCUGUGCAGCCCCGGCACCCAGGUGCAGCCUCGCGGCCCCGUGCUGGUGCCCACGCAGCUGCAAACAGAGCCGGAGCUGCGCUGCAGGCAUGGCCGCGCCUGCUCUGCCUGCCUCCGCGUGGACCUGCACCUGACUGUGCUGGGGCCCCAGGAGGUGGCAGCUGAUGGCACCAGAGACACGCCUGGAGCAGCCCCUCUGCACCCCAGGGAUGGUGGAGCCUUGCGGGGCUGGCUGGUGCUUUCAGCCCAAAGCCCAUCAUCCUCCCGCUGUGCCGCCAUCGAGGUCCAGCUGCACAGGGCUGUCACACACCCUGGCCGCACUGUGGGUUCUUUGCGGUUCCACUGCUUCGAGGCUCCCCUGCAGGCGGAGGUGCUCGUCAUGUCCUACACACAGCCCCUCUACCACGAGGUGCUGAACAAAACCCACCACAUCCCAAGCUGCUCCUGGCUGGCAGCGCAGGACGCCAUGCAGUUGUGCCAAGUGCCCAGGCUGCAGGUGUCCCCGAGACCAACGGAGGCAGUGGUGCAGCUGCAAGUGGAGGUGCCAGUGGCCGUCCCUGCAUGGCUGAACUACACGCUGUGGGUCUAUCGCAACCAGACCCAGGGGUGCACCAACCUCGGCAACAGGACCACACUGAGUGCACCCCAGAACUACAGCCUGCCUGAGGCCCACAUGCUGCCCUGCGUCUGCCUGCAGGUCUGGCCCGAGAUCCCUGACCCGCCCAGGACCAUCCUGUGCCCCUUCUCAAAUGACACUGCUGCGUGGGCCCGGCUGUGGGCGCAGACCCAGCUGAAGUUACGUGUCAACAAGGGGACGCUGAGCUACAAGAUAUCUGCACCAUGUGACAUCUCAGCCGAGCUCAUGCCCUGCUGGCGACCAGACCCCGCCGGGCCCUGCACCGCGCUGCCUCAGCUGCGCCAGGCCACCCUGCCCGGGUUACAAGAGCUGGACACACUGCAGCCUCACCCGAACCUCUGCAUCCAGGUGAGGAGCGAGGGGCAGGUCCGACUCACACAGUGUCUGCAGGAGGGCACCCUGCCUGCCCGCCCAGCCGACCUGCUCCUUGUGGAGACCGCAGACCCCCAGGGCAGUGCGACCCUCUGUGCUGUGGAGCGGGGCACCUGUGUCCCACUCACCAGCUCCACCAGCAUGGGUGCUGCUGACCCCGGGCUCCUGGAGCAGCACCUGCGACAGGACGUGCAGUCGGGGCAGUGCCUACAGGUCUGGCGCGUGGAGGGCGGUGCCGCGGGCACAGGCUGGGCCUGCUCCCUGGACAAGUACGUGCGCUCCCGCUGGGGGCUGGCCUGGGCCGGGGGCCUGCUCUGCGCGGCCGGCGCCCUGCUGCUGCUGCUGCUCAACAAGGAGCAUCUCAAAGGCUGGCUGCGGCUGCUGAAGGCGGAGCCGGGCGCCGCGGGGCCGCUGCGGGGCCGGCGCGUGCUGGUGCUGUACGCGGCGGCGGAGCAGGGCGCGGCGGCGGCGCUGGGCGCGGAGCUGCGGGCGCGGGGCGCGGCGGCGGCGCUGGAGCAGUGGAGCCGCGCGGAGCUGAGCGCGCGCGGGGCGCUGGCCUGGCUGCACGCCGAGCGGCGCCGGGCGCUGCGGGACGGCGGCGCCGUGCUGCUGCUGCUGUCGCCGGGCGCGGCGGAGCGCUGCGCGGGCUGGCUGCGCGGGGCCGCCCCGCCCCCGGACCCGGACCCGGACCCGGACCCGCUGGACGUCUUCGCGGCGGCGCUCAACGCCGUCCUGCCCGACUUCGCGGCGGGGCGCGCGGGCGGCGGCCGCUACCUCGUGGCCUGCGUGGCGGGGCUGCGGCCCGCGCGCCUCCCGCCGCUGCUCCGCGCCGCGCCCGCCUUCGCGCUGCCCGCGCAGCUGCCCGCCCUGCUGCGCGCACUGGCCGCGCCGCGCCCGCAAUAAACCCGCGCUGCUCUGG